UACGGAAGAUGUAGUUUGAUUGCGUAAAGUCAAAUUCCGAGGAAACAACGAGCCAAUCGUCACUUCUCUGCAGUUUACUUUUGACAAGCUGACUAAACUACAUGCAGUAACUACUGGCAUACAAAUUUAAAAGCUACGUACAAUUAGCUUCACAGAGGUUUCUUAAGCUUUACGAAGCAGUGGUUCGAAAGUAGACUUCCUUUUGACAAAAUACAUAUCUACUAAUUUACGAUGAAGACUUUAAAUUCAGAUGAGUUAAAAGAAGCAGAGACUGCUUUAUACGCGCACCUGCCUAAAGCCAUAAAGGUGUAUGGAUUUGUUUUUGCCAUGAACAGAGGAAAGCCAAACACUUUGGAGGUAUUGGUGGAUUCGUGGCCAGCUUUUACCACGAUUAUUGUUCGACCAGACCCAAAUAAUAAUCGAGCUAAAGACUUUAUGAAGAAGGUGACUUUAUAUAGUACAGAUGAAGACGUACUGAGAAGAAUGUUGACUGUGGAAAAUGCAAUUGACUGGAGCACAUACUUCUUAAUAGGAGGAUGUGAUAUGCGUCAUUCACCAAUGCUGAAGGAAAUUUCUGUAGCUCGGGGUGUCCGUAUGAAAGGGCUCUCCUUGGUUCACCUUAUGACAUUACCUGAACUCAGUCAUUUGCCUCAGCUCAUUACUAGUGAUCUUGAGUCUAGAGUAACAGUACUGAAUGAGUCGCAUGCUGAUGUUGUUAACAAGACUUGGAAAUUUGGUGGAGAUGACAAAGGUUACAAGAACAUUCUGCAUCUUAUCAGCCAUUUCCCCACAUACUGCAUUACUGAUGAGAACAACCAGCCUGUGUCCUGGGUGCUGUUAUAUGAUUACUGUGCCAUGGGGAUGCUGUACACUCUACCAGAGCAUCGAGGGAAGGGCUAUGCCAAAGCUCUGGUUACUACAAUGGCAAAGAGGCUCCAUUCUCAGGGCUAUCCCGUGUACUGUUUCAUUGAAGAAUGCAAUCAGGUUUCCUGCAAACUUUUUAAAAGCCUUGGUUUUACAGAAGACCCAUCUUAUAGGGCUGCCUGGUAUGAAUUAUUUUGUUAAAGUGAAUGCACACCAGUUGAUAAGUGAUUAUCGACAGUUGUCAUCAUAACAUCAAAGUUGCUGUUAUUUGCCCUCUGGCUAUUAAAGAUGUAGAUGACAUUUGUUCAUAAGUUGAAUAUUAAAGAUGUUUUUUUUUUAUAAAACUGUGGUCAAAGUCAAAGGCUGGCUGCACUUUGAUUGUCAAACGUAUACAGAUAAAACACAUUGAAUACCUCUGGCUUCUCCAGCUGAACCAAAACUAUAAUCUUUUACAAGAAAAUUAUCAAUAUUUACAACAUUUUACCAGUGCUUAAUAUUGGCUAGAUCCAGUUCCAGAAAAUAUCAGAUUUUCAUGUCUUGAUUUCUAUUAUUUAUUGUAAUCUAUCUGGCAUUAACUUGAGUCUGGUGACUGCAUGUGUGUUUGAGAGAGUAGCCUACGAGUGAAAAACAGCGAGUUGUGUGUAGGUUAUGUUUUGCUGUGGAGACCAUUCAGAUACUUGAUGCUCUUAUGCUGGGAUCACACCAAAUGCAGAGCACCAUGUCACUUUUUCUAGUUUGCACAUGGGAUGUUUUUACUAGUGUUGGGCAAAGAUUCAUUUGAUCCAAAAAUAUAUAUUUAUGUCAAAAAAUAUAUUAUGACAUAAUUUA